AGAAGGAUAAGAAGCACGACAAAUUGUUGGUCAAGACGCAGGAUGGGCGCGUGGUCGAAAAUCCGCGAGUCGAAGAGCGACUGGAAGAGUAUGAAGAUGUCGACAGCUUUCUUGCCAGCGAUGAUGAGGACAAUGGACUUGUUGCAGCUGUGCAGCCGCAACAAAAGCCCGCUGCGCCAGCACUUCCACUGAAAGAGCAGGUCAGAAUGGCCAAGGAGGAACUGGCAAAAACCGCCCAGUCUAUUAGUGAGGAUCCUGAAGAGCAUAUCGGUCAGUUGGGCACUCUGGCAGAGCUCGCGCGAUCCGAAAUUGUCACGAUCAGGAAGCUGGCCAUGGCAACGCAACUGGCUGUAUUCAAAGACAUCAUUCCUGGGUACCGGAUACGACCGAUCGCAGAGAGGGACAUGUCAGGUAAGGUCUCGAAGGAAGUCAAGAAGCAAAGAGCGUUCGAGCAAGGGUUACUCAGUGGCUACAAGGACUACAUCUCUACUUUGCAGCAUUGCGCCGUUGGCAAGACGAGCAAAACUGUCAGUCAACAGGAUGCACAGGGACUUGCAACAGUGGCAAUCUCUUGCGCCUGUGCUUUGCUGACGAGCGUGCCGCAUUUCAACAAUCGUGGAGAUCUGAUCGGCAUUCUGGUCAAGAAACUCGCUGGACGAAAUAUUAAUGCAGACUUUGCAAAGUGUCGGGAAGCGUUGGAACAGCUUUUCCGGGACGAUGAGGAAGGUCAUGCUUCGCUGGAUGUGGUGGCGCAGUUGACGACUAUGAUGAAGAAAAGAGAUUACUCGAUACAUGAAAGCGUGUUGAACACGUUCCUGCAUCUUCGAUUGCUGAACGAGUUCUCACAAAAGGGAGCUCCAAACAGGAUCGACAGACGCGAGGAUGAAGAUGGGCCGAAGCCAAAGUUCAAGAAGGAGUUCAGGACUAAGAAGGAACGGAAAAUCAUGAAGGAAAGAAAACAGGUCGAGAAGGAAUUGAAGGAAGCUGACGCCACUGUGUCUUACGAAGAGAAGGACAAGAACCAGGCCGAAACACUGAAGCUUGUAUUCAUCGCGUACUUCCGCAUCCUGAAGGAAAGGAGGCAACAUCUCAUGGGUGCCGUGCUCGAAGGCCUAGCCAAAUAUGCCCACCUCAUCAACCAAGAUUUCUUCGGCGACGUUCUCGAAGCGCUCAAGGACCUCAUCAACGAAGCGGAAGCCGCUCUCCAACCGAAUCAGGAUGAAAACACUGAAGACGAGGAUGAACUCGACGAUGCUGAAAAGCGCGAUGCUACGCGCGAGAGCUUACUCUGUAUUAUCACAGCAUUCGCGCUGCUUCAAGGCCAGAUCGAUGUCGUGAAGUCCGCGAACUCACUGUCUCUUGACUUGUCAUUCUUCAUCCGUCACUUGUACCGCACGCUCGUGCCACUUUCCAUGGACCUCGAUAUCGAGCUUUCCGCCGCGAAGAAAGCUCAUCUCAGCGAUCCGAAUGGGCUUCAUGUUCCAUCUACUUCUUCACGAGACAACAAAAUCAAUGUCUCGACCACGGCCGUUCUAUUGCUCAGGUCAUUACAGAGUGUACUUCUGCCGCCCAUCAGCACGAAGAACGUGCCUCCAAUCCGCGUCGCUGCGUUUGUGAAGCAAUUGGAGAUGCUGUCGCUGCAUCUCCCGCAGAAGAGCGCGACUGCAGUACAAGAACUUCUCAAAACUGUCACCAAGACGCACGGCAAGAAGAUUGCGGCGUUGUGGUAUACCGAGGAGAGGAGAGGCGAUGGUGUCUUUGAUGCCCUGGGUGAGGAAGUGGAAAGCAGCAAUCCGUUUGCAAGCACGGUAUGGGAAGGAGAAAUUCUGCGGCACCACUUUGAUCCGAAAGUCAGAGAUGCUGUCAAGGUCAUUGAGACGAAUGUCAAGGAGGCGAGAUCGUAG